GGAGCAUUAAGGCCACACCCCUAUUCCGCAUUCUACUGGGGCCCUGGUUACGCCUCCUCUGGCUCAGUCACACAGCUGCCUGGUAGGUGACUGGAGGCUUGAUCGGUUCUCAUUGAGAUUUUGCUGCUGUGACCCCAACCCUACCUCCCUCCCCACCCUGCAAUGGCAGAAGAAACUCAACACAACAAAUUGGCUGCAGCCAAGAAAAAGUUAAAAGAAUAUUGGCAGAAAAACAGCCCUAGAGUUCCAGCAGGAGCGAACAGGAACAGGAAAACAAAUGACAGUAUCCCUGAGACAGCCACUUCUGGUGGUUGCCAGUCACCUGCGGAUUCAGCAACAGGUUUCCACAGGGAAGGCCCUACAUCAUCUGCUACCCUGAAAGAUCUGGAGAGCCCGUGCCAAGAACAAGCAGUAGUCCUGGAUUCAAGGUCCGUAGAAAUCGGUCAACUGAAGAACACCAUCAAAUCUUUGAAACAACAGAAGAAACAAGUGGAACAUCAGCUGGAAGAAGAAAAGAAAGCAAACAACAAGAAACAGAAAGCCAAAAGGGUGCUAGAGGUUCAAAUCCAGACAUUGAACAUACAGAAAGAGGAACUAAAUACGGACCUGUACCACAUGAAACGUUCUCUCAGAUACUUUGAAGAAAAGUCCAAGGAUCUGGCUGUCUGCCUGCAACAUUCAUUGCAGCGUAAAGGAGAGUUAGAGAGUGUUCUCUCUGAUGUCAUGGCCACACAGAAGAAGGCAAACCAGUUGUCCGGCCCCAGUAAAGCACGUACGGAGUGGAAGUUAGAGCAGUCCAUGCGGGAGGAGGCACUGCUGAAAGCGCAGCUGACACAGUUGAAGGAGUCAUUUCAACAACUCCAAUUAGAAAGACAUGAGUAUGCUGAACAUCUAAAAGGAGAGAGGGCCCGGUGGCAGCAGAGGAUGAGAAAAAUGUCGCAGGAGAUUUGCACAUUAAAGAAACAGAAGCAGCAAGAUAUGCGUCGGGUAGAGAAGCUGGAGAGGAGCUUGUCCAAACUCAAAAACCAGACGGCUGAACCCUUGCCCCCGGAGCCCCCAGCAGUGCCCUCUGAGGUGGAGCUGCAGCACCUGAGGAAGGAACUAGAGAGAGUGGCAGGAGAGCUCCAGGCACAGGUCAAAAACAAUCAGCACAUGAGUCUCCUGAACCGGCAACAAGAAGAGAGGAUUCAGGAGCAGGAAGACAGGCUUUGGAAGCAGGAGGAGAGGCUUCAGGAGCAGCACGAGAAGCUUCAGCAGCUGGCCAAGCCACAGAGCGUCUUCGAGGAGCCGAACAAUGAGAACAAGAGCGCACUGCAGUUGGAGCAGCAAGUAAAGGAGCUACAGGAGAAGCUUGGUGAGGAGCACCUGGAAGCGGCCAGCCAGCAGAACCAGCAGCUAACAGCCCAGCUUAGCCUCAUGGCUCUCCCUGGGGAAGGACACGGAGGAGAACAUCUGGCCAGUGAGGGGGAGGAGGCACCUCAGCCCAUGCCGAGUGUCCCAGAGGACCUGGAGAACAGGGAGGCCAUGAGCAGCUUUAUGGACCACCUGGAGGAGAAGGCUGACCUGAGUGAGCUGGUGAAGAAAAAAGAACUUUGCUUCAUCCGCCACUGGCGAGAGAGAUGCCAUCAGAAAAUCCAUCACCUUUUAUCAGAACCAGGGGGCCGUGCCAAAGAUGCGGCACUGGGAGGAGGACACCAUCAGGCUGGAGCUCAGGGAGGAGAUGAAGGUGAAGCUGCUGGAGCUGCAGCAGAUGGUAUUGCGGCUUACAGCAACUACAACAAUGGGCACAGAAAAUUCCUGGCCGCUGCCCACAACCCUGCUGAUGAGCCCGGUCCAGGAGCCCCAGCUCCCCAGGAGCUUGGGGCUGCAGACAAGCAUGGUGAUCUUUGUGAGGUGAGCCUCACCUCCUCUGCCCAAGGAGAGGCCAGGGAGGAUCCUCUCCUUGACAAGCCUACUGCACAGCCCAUCGUGCAGGACCACCAGGAGCACCCAGGCUUGGGCAGCAACUGCUGUGUGCCGUUCUUUCGCUGGGCUCGGCUGCCAAGAAGAAGGAGAUAAACAUCACCAUCAUCAAAGAGCUGCUCAAGAAAUUUUUAAAUAAGAAACCAAGUUAUGGGGUUAAUCUCCUACACAAUUCAUUUACUUCCUUUGAA